AUGGCAUCGCUCAGCUCGGCCUCCGCGUUCCGCGCCGAGCUCCUCAGCGCCUACGGGCAGGGGCACGGCGAGCCCCGCUUCGAGGGCGACCGGCGGCAUGGAGCCUUCGGGGCACGGGGACAGGAGGCGUUUGGGUACCCAGAGUCCCCAGGUGCCAUGUACCCCUGCAGCCUGGGCACCUGGGUGCGUGCCCAAGGUGACACCUACCAAGUGGUGGCCGACGUCAGCCAGUUUGAGCCCCCUGACAUUGUGGUGACCACCUCCAACUGCCAUGUCACCAUCCAGGCAGAAAAGGUGGCUGAGGAUGGCACCGUCUGUGACACCUUCACCCACAAGUGCCAGCUGCCCGAGGACACGGACCCGCUGUCGGUGAGCUGUGCCCUCACCGAGACGGGCACUCUGGUCAUCACCGUGCGGCGCCGCGCCAGCCCUGGCCCCGGGCAGCGCCCGCAGGGGCUGCACCGCAGCGAGGCCGUGCUGUGAGCAGGGACAAAACCCUUCUUGCCCGGAGCCUGCCAACUCCAGCACCGUGGUGAGGCUCAGCCGGUGCCCACUGGCUGUGGCCCUCUGCACCUCCAGCCCCACAGUGCUUCAGCUC